AUGCGUACUUUUUCUCGUUUUCUCCACCUCGUCCGAGUACAUCAAUGCAAGAUUACGAUGAUCUCGAGGCAGCAUGCAUAUAAGUCUCUCUACAAGGCGACUCUGUGGUGCCCGAGAAUCCUGAGGACGAGGUCAAUUUUCAUCGCGUGUGCUGUCAAGUCCUACAAGAAUGGUCGUCUCUACGAGCUGGAUAGAGAUCGGAAGGGCCCGGUGAAUGGAGGAUGCCUCGAGCAGAUUGAGGACGUUCUUUUGGGAAAGGCACUUGGAAGGAUCAGAGAAUCCGUUGGGAAGGUCGAAUUUGGCAUCGGGUUCAGACUGCUUGCGCUUGCACUAUUCCAAUCAUGA